AUGCAGUCUAGUACCCGGUGGUCAUUUCUUGCCAUUAUUUCACUUCUUUUAGUGGUACAGAGCUUCGCAAAUCAGGGUGAAAUUGAUCGACUACUCGGAGCACGUGUAGAGCGAAACUGUUUCUUCUCGCCGAUGGGCUGUAUGUUCUUGCCUGGCAAGAAGUUGUCACGUGUUCGUCGUUUGCCUGAAUUGGCUGAUCAGGAUCCACAAUCAGAAAGAUCAUUGCUUUGGUUUAUCUAG